AAAAAAAGAUUGCGGCAACAAUAACAACAACAAGCUGCCCCCGCUAUUCUACCUUUUUGUUUCACCUCUGUAUGAGAGAGCGAGAGAGAGAGUGGGAGCAACGUAGAGAGAGCGCACAACUUCAACCAGUUCUUGCAUUUGUUGUUGUUGUUGUUAGUGCUGCUGCUGCUGCUGCUGCUGAAUAUGACCAGCUGUCUGCCAGCCAAUGCCAAUCGACUGAUGCAAUUCGUGAUGAUCACAGAUGAUGCCUCCUGACUCUAGGCCCGGCUAAAAUCUUCCUCCUGAACGAUGCACGAACUGUUUACUAAAGUGCUGGCCAAGCGCGAUUUAUCGCGUGCCGGUGACCUAUUCUCAGUGCCUGAUGCGGAUAUAGUCAAUGACAUCACCGAGGUGCUCUCCGCGAUUGGUCCAAUCAUUUCGCAUGCCGACUAUGUGAAAAACAACAAUGAUCAGAGCGUGGUGGAGAUAUGCAUUACACGGGUUCUCUCCUGCAUACGGGAGACGCGUAGUGCCGAGCGUCAUUGUUCCGCAUUGGUUGAUCUCCUCAAGACCUGCCUGCUAUGGAAUCUACAGCCAUCGAAUACAACUAAAGAGGAGCCGCCGCAUGCCAAGAUAGCAGCUGAUAUUAUUUCUAGCAUAUUUUUAAACUAUGAUAAAAAAGGACUGAUGAAAAUUGCAUUGCCGAUAGCCAUACGUUUUCUGCCCAAGGGCAACAAGGAGUUGUCACGUAAUUUGGCCAGCUAUUUGUCGCUGGCAGCCAUCGACUAUGCCUAUUUGUUGAGUCCACAUGUGGACUCGAUUAUGGAGUCCAUACUCACUGGGAACUACGGUCUGUUGCGUGUGCUAUCGCAAAUCUAUGAGGUGGCCCCGGAGACAGUGACACCGCAUGCACCGCUCCUGAUUUCGUUGCUGCCGCAAUGCGAUGCACAGGAGCGCAUGGCGGUGUUCCAAUUGUAUCUGCUGAUAGUGCAAAAGUCACCGGAAAUCCUGGAGUCGUGUGUGCCGCAGUUGUGCGGAUUUCUGCAUGACAGUGAUACCUCGAAUAUAACGAUGCAGAUUCUACUUAAACUGGCCCAGCAUUCGCCACAUCUGCUGGUUGACAAUUUCGAGCAAUUGCGUUUGGCGGCCAAGACAAAUCCAAGCACCAUCACGCUAUGUGCCCAGAUAAUGACCACAUCGGGUCUGGGCAGCAAGGAGACGGCCCAGCAGGCUUUGGAUUUUGUCUUGGAGCACCUGCCCAGUCAGGCAUUGUUGCAAGCGGAGGCCACCCGUCUCUGUUCGGCCUAUCCAGUGUUGUUCACGGACAAAGUGUUGGCCUGUGUGAGGCAGAAGAAUGCGGCGCUUAGCUCCCAGCAGGAUGUGGGCGUCGGCGUCGUCAGUGGUGGCACCAAAAUCUCCGGUGGCGUAACCAUUGUAAGUCUGAAUACCCCGCAGCAGACUAAGCCAAGUCCUGUGCAAAUAGCCACUACUAGUAGUAGUAUCACAAAUACCACAACAAUAGCUGCGACGCCUCCGAGUGUUGUUGCCACCACAGCCAGCAGCAGCAGUCCAGCCACAUCGGCAGCGUCGGCGGCAGCAGCAGCCCAACCCAUAGCCACAUCCACGCCUGCCGCCUCCCAAGCGUCGUCACAGCAUUCGGGUUACACGCGACGCGUCAAGCUAGGUGACUCAAGGAGCACUGGUCGCUUGCAUCCGGCCAGCAAUACCCAUAGAUCUGUCACCCGGUUGAAUGUGGCCAGCGGGUCAGUGGGUGGUCUGCACAAGAGUAUGACCCGUUUGAGUAAUUCGCAGAUCAAUCAGCAACCCAAUGGCGGGAAUUCAAAUGGCAACGUUGUCGUCCAAACGGGGGCCACUCCACGCACACCGAGCACGCCCAGCAGCAAUCCGCCCGUAACGCCAGUGCCACCGCUGAGCAACAAUGUGGUCAUCACGGGUCACAACAAACACGGAAUACCCGUGACUUCGGGCGGCGUAACCGUUAAAGUGCGUCCCCAUUCCCAGGGCCCGUCCACGCUGCUGAAUUCCAGUUCGGUUAUGAUGAAAUACAGCACCGAUGCCCUGAAUCAAUCGGUGGGCUCCAUUUCGAUACCCCAAUCCCAGCAGCAGCAGCAGCAAACGACGACGACAUCCACGACAACGACGUCGACGACGGGCACACAGCAACAGCAUCAACUGGUGUCACAACAGAAUGCCGUGUCCGUGCACCAUGCCUCACCAGCAAUGCCCCAAGCCAGCUCCAGUUCGAGCUCAAGCAAUGGCAAUGCCAAGUCCGUGAUGAAGCUACCCGUCAAUGGAAACAGCGAAGUGAUUGUAUCGGGACCCACUACUAAUGUGGCUCCAAGACGCAGCGAUAAUACCAGCCGAACUCUGCUCAAUGCCAACAGUGUGAUGGACCAACGGAUGAGCACCUUUGAGCCCUACCAGAUAAUGCGCGAUCCUGUACAACAGUUUUGUGAAAAGAACUUCAACUCGAUUAAAUCUUAUAUGGAUGAAGUAUCACAGCAUUUACCGCCGCCAACACGUUGUAGUAUCGAAGUCUCUAAUGAAUUUGCAGAAAGACGAACGAAAAAAGUGGCCAAAUUGCACUUCGCCUGCCAAAUACGUGGUCCCCAUUGUCUCUAUUCGAAGACAUGUUUUACAAUGCGCACCCGGAAUCCCAAGACCUGGAUACAUAUGAUGUUUCUGGACUUUCAAGUGCGACAUUUUGUCAAGGAGAAAUCUGUGCUAAGCACAAGGGAACCGGGCAUAAGUAAUCUCAAAAAUAUAUGGCAAAUACUUAAAUGUGAGAAUCGCAGUUUCACUGAGCUGGUGACCAGUCAAUUUCCUCAGGUCAAGGACCGUGAAAUAUUGGUUAAUGAGCUACGUCAUUCCGGAUUUCUAGAUGUCUUCGAGGUCUCAAAGACCGACAAAUCGAAUCCGAAUUGCAAUGAACUGGAAUAUCAGUGGGGCUGCUUUUUGUGCAAUCAUCCGGAUAAGGCAGUUGGUUUUCUUAAUGGCAGCAAUCAGCCCAUGAUUGAGGGUCAACUGAAAGAGAAGAAGGGCAAAUGGCGUCUAUUUCGAAGGUGGCGAACUCGUUACUUUACCCUGUCGGGAGCGCAUUUAUCCUGCAAGGGUUCGAGCGGUGGUGAGAGCAUCGAUGUGAAUCAGAUACGUUCGGUUAAAGUGUCGCGGGGUGCUCGUAAUAUACCCAAAGCCUUUGAAAUUUUCACCGCCGAUCAGACCUUAAUACUCAAGCCCAAGGAUGGCAAAAAUGCUGAGGAAUGGGUGCAAUGUUUAAGCAUUGUUGUGGCUCAUUCGCAGGCCCGUGAUAAUCCCACAGUAAAGACGAAUAGCUUGCCAGCCCGCACAAUGGGCAGUAGUAAGCCCUCCUUCUGAACCCUCUCCCCCUACCCUCUACCCCAAAACACACACACACACACACAAUUGUGAGAUUAUUUUGUAAAUGAUAAAAGACGUUAAAAGACAAUCAAGCGGAGGCCGCAGGACACUUAUUCUUAUAUACAUAUACAUAUAUAUAUAUAUAUAUAUAUACAU